GUUCUUUAUGUGAAACUCCAUGAAUAUGCUCUGGGAAUCUGCCAUUGUACUUAGUUCUUUCUUAGGAGAACUGGGUAUUAUUUUACUGUGGAAAUCUAUCAUUGUAAGUAGGCCUUCUUGGGUGAAUUGGGUAAUGCUAAGGCAUGCGCAACUUAUUCUCUUCUUAACCCAUUUAAUGUUCUGGUGGAGGAAUACUUUAGAAACCCACUCCAAGGUUGAACCAAACACUGUGAUACUUGAUGUUGAAUACAUCUCUGUCCAUGGCAUUAUGGCAUGGUUGUGGGGUGCAAAGUACUUCAUUGGAUUUGAAACCGUGACUUCUGGCCAUCUACUCCGAUCUGUCAAUUUAUUAGUAGGCCAGGCCUGGAUCUCAGCAGUAUGUUUCGGCGGUGGCGAAGUACAUGGUUUUCUCUCAAGUACAAUGUAGUUCUUAUCUAGUCCAGAAACAAUUUCUAUGCUUAGCCUGAGUGCUUUAUUGAUCAAAUUUGUUUAUUUUUGGACAUCAGAGCGAGAGAGAAAAGGGGUGGGGGCUGGUGGAUCUUUCUGUUGAUAGUGGGUUUUGCACUAGUGAGUGAUAGGUUGAUGGUGGGUUUUGUUAUGUAAAGUGGAAACUCUCCAUAUCGUAGGUGCUUUUGUGUAUAGCCAAACUGGAGAAACAUUUCAGCUAAGAAGCCACACAUUGAGGGGAUUCUAUACCUUGAAAAUUCACCUAGGACUUGCAUCUGGCCUUGUCUUGAUGGUGCCAAAGUGCCAUUAAUUAUCUGGUUAGAUGAUCAUGAGAGGAAAUCCAGAUUUUAUGAUCUGACUCAUCUUCAUGGUGACUGCUUCUGCCUUUACCACUAGAAUAUGGCCCACGGGAUGGAUUAUACCAAAUUAUCACUAUGGAUGAUUUUCUUUAUUGGAAUUUGGAACUUUACGUUUUAGUUUUUUUUUCCUCGUAGACACCUAUAGAUUUAAAAUUGUGCCAUCAAACAUUAACAAUGCAGAAUCAAGUAUGUUCGGGAAAGAAUAGUGACCUUCUUAAAGCGAUGCAUGAAUAUGGAUAAAUCAAGUUUACCUCUUCAGAUGUCUUCACCAUUGCCUGAGGGCAAGGUAGAUGAGAGAGGAGAAAAGGAUACAGAACCCUGUAAAGAACUUGAGAAUCCAUGGCAUGCAAAAAUUCAAACUCUUUGGCAAGAAGCUUCUGUUUAUGGAAUUGCAGCUGGGUAUUGCAUUUCUGCUUCUUUGUUAUCCAUUAUCAACAAAUGGGCAAUUAUGAAAUUUCCAUACCCAGGAGCUUUGACAGCUUUGCAAUAUUUGACAAGUUUUAUGGCAGUCCUUAUCCUUGGUCAGCUAAAAUAUUUGCAGCAUGAUAAACUUGACCUAAGUACAAUGUGGAGAUUUCUACCUGCUGCCUUAAUAUUCUAUCUGUCUCUAUUUACAAAUAGCGAGUUGCUGCUUCAUGCAAAUGUUGACACAUUCAUUGUAUUUCGUUCUGCUGUCCCUAUCUUUGUUGCUAUUGGUGAAACUUUGUACUUGAAGCAGCCCUGGCCCACUGUCAAAACAUGGACCUCAUUAGCUAUUAUUUUUGGAGGUGGUGUGCUAUAUGUUAUAACAGAUUAUCAUUUCACCGUUAUGGCAUAUAGUUGGGCCUUGGCAUACUUGGUAAGUAUGUCGAUAGAUUUUGUCUAUAUAAAGCAUGUUGUCAUGACAAUUGGGCUUAAUACUUGGGGUUUGGUGCUAUAUAAUAACCUGGAAGCUUUUCUUCUCUUCCCAUUGGAGCUACUUAUCAUGGGUGAGUUGAAGAAGUUGAAGCAUGACAGUUCAGAAGAAUCCAAUUGGUAUUCUUUAGAAGUAUUGUUACCAGUUGGGCUUUCCUGUUUGUUUGGAUUGUCAAUUUCAUUUUUCGGAUUUUCCUGUCGCAAGAGCAUAUCUGCCACAGGUUUUACAGUUUUAGGCAUUGUGAAUAAGCUUCUUACUGUUGUAAUAAAUCUCGUCAUAUGGGAGAACCAUGCAACACUUGUAGGAACAAUUGGGCUGUUAAUAUGCAUGGUUGGAGGAGUUCUUUAUCAACAGUCAACUACUAAGCCUCGUCCUAAUGCUUCUGACUCUACUACAAAUGAAGAAGAAAAGCUGAUAGAAAUGCAAUCCUCAGAUAUAGAGGCUUCUUCAAAAGAGGUGGUUUCAACACAAUCAAAGUAAGAUUGAUUGUCCUAUUAUGACAUAUGAAACUAAUGAUGUUCUUUUCUGAAGGAAUUUUGAAGUUUUCAGCUAUGUUUGUUACCAUCCAAAUGUAAACAUUGAACAGAUUUUUUUAUUUUUCAACUUGUGCCGAAAAUCUGGUGAAAAUCUGGUGAUCAUCAUUCAUUUAUAAAUAGGAAAGGCCUUUGACUUCA